AUGGCUUCAGCGCGCAGUUUAACCGCGCUCCCUGGGUCCAAUGAAUCCAAGACUGCGGCUCAAGACACUAUCGACCAAGAUAACCCUACUCAUUCAUCGGGUACACCGUUGAGGCAACAGAGUCUGUCGGAUCUCUUCACUAUUUUUGCAAGUGGCUUCGCUCUGAUCAGCGAUGGAUACCAAAACAAUCUGAUGACUAUGACCAAUGUCCUUCUCAAAAAGGAAUAUCCCAAGGAAUAUACUACCACCGUCAGCACACGCGUUUCGAACGCUCUACUUGUUGGCGAAGUUAUUGGGCAGGUUGUCAUUGGAUUGACUUGCGACUAUCUUGGUCGCAAGACGGCUAUCGUCUUCACAACACUUAUGAUUGUCGUGGGAGGUAUCCUCGCCACAGCCUCGCAUGGUGUUACUAUCGACGGCAUGUUUUGGAUGAUGACGAUUGCCCGUGGCGUUGUCGGAUUUGGCGCCGGCGGCGAGUAUCCGGCCUCUUCAACCUCCGCCUCGGAAGCAGCAAACGAUCUGACCCCGAAGCACCGUGGCCCGGCAUUCAUCAUGGUAACCAACUUCCCCCUGUCAUUUGGGGGCCCAUUCGCGGUCUCAAUAUUCUUGAUUGUACUCCUCGCCUGCCAACAAUCUCACUACAGCACUGUAUGGCGGGUGUGCUUUGGCAUAGGAUGCAUCUGGCCGCUGUCAGUGUUCUACUUCCGAAUCCGAACGCUUAACUCGGUUCUGUAUCGACGCGGAGCGAUCAAGAAGCACGUACCCUACAUGCUCGUGUUGCGGUACUACUGGAGAUCGCUGAUUGGGACUUGCGGCGCUUGGUUCCUCUAUGACUUUGUCACUUUCCCCAACGGUGUCUUCUCCGCCACAAUUAUCUCCUCAGUCGUGCACGACGGCACAAUCCUGAAAACAGGCGAAUGGCAGCUCCUCCUUGGCGCAAUCGCGCUGCCAGGUGUCUUCCUCGGGGCGAUUCUCUGCGACCGGCUCGGCCGCAAGCCCAUCAUGAUGAUUGGCUUCAGCGGAUAUCUAAUCUUUGGCCUAAUUAUCGGUUGCGCCUACGACCGCGUUACUAAGAUCGUACCUCUCUUUGUCGUCUUCUACGGACUAAUGCAGAGCUCCGGCAAUUUCGGCCCGGGCAAUAUGCUAGGUCUGAUUUCGUCUGAGUCGUAUGCUACCGGUGUGCGAGGAACUUGCUACGGACUCUCUGCGGCUAUCGGGAAGGCGGGUGCUGCUGUCGGUACGCAGGCAUUUCAGCCUAUCAAGAAUCAUCUAGGGAACAAGUGGACCUUUAUUGUUGCUGCUAUUUGCGGUGUUGUUGGGAUUUUGGUUACUUUCUUCUUUGUCCCUGAUUUGACGGGCGAGGAUUUGAGAGUGCGCGAUGAGAAAUUCCGUGCUUAUCUUGUUUCUAACGGCUGGGAUGGUGAUAUGGGCGAGGACGAUCUGCAAGCGGCUGCUGAUCAGGUCAUGGCCCCGGGUCUUCCUAAUGAUGAUACUAAGUUCGUGGACCAGACGGUCAAGGCUUAA